AUGCUUUUCUCCGCGUUUCGUCUUUCAGCCUACCUCUUCUCAACAUGUGCACUACUCACCAAGACCACCUUUGCGGCACACCACACUUACGAAGUCCCCCUUUACAACGACCUCGCGUACCAACGCUACAACAUCACCAUCGCACUCGGCACACCCCCUCAACCCUUCUCCCUUCUCUUCGACACCGGCUCAACAGACAUAUGGGUCCCCCAGCCCAACUCCUCAGGCUGCGCCCCCACCUGUCCUCCAAGCUUCUCAUUCGACGUCACAGCCUCCUCAACUCUUACCAGAACUCACGUCCCCUUCGACGCGCGCUACGGCCUCACACCCGACCUCGCAGUCAUCGGCGAGUACUACAACGACAGCCUCUCCAUCGCUGGCCUCCCGCCCAUCGCCAAUAUGCAGUUCGCUGUCGGUAACCUCCCAAGGCUCCUGUGGGUGCAAGGAAAUCGCGGGAUCUUUGGCUUAGGGACAAGGUUUAGUGAGUCCGUAUACGCGAGCCCCACAUCUCCGUAUCGUGGGGAUUUGAGCAAGACGUAUACGCCGUUAUGGGAGAGAAUUGCGUUUGCUUCGCGUAAGGGGGAAAGGCAGUUUAGUGUUUGGCUCAAUGCACAGGGUAAGGGCAAAGGGUCUGUGCAGUUUGGUGGCGAGGAUCGGGGGAAGUAUCAGGGUGAGUUGGCUGGGGUGCCGAUUAAUUUGGCUAUAGAGGGGGCGGUGAGGGGAUGGAACGUUAAUUUGACGGGUGUCGUUAGGGUUGGUGGUGGAGAAUAUGGGAAAGAGAUGAGGAAGAGGUUGACGGAGGAGAGUCAUAGUGUGGGGUUUACGCUCGAUACGGGGAGUCCGAAUAUGUACGUUCCGACCUCGCUGUACGAAGGUAUCGUGGAAGGUCUCAAUGCUACGGAAAUCAUCAACGGUGCGCCGUACGUUCCUUGCUCGCUUCGAUCUUCAGCAACUGGCUCCUUGGACUUCGAGUUCGCCACGCGUAUGAGGGGACAGGAAGCGAGGGUUCGGGUUCUAUAUAGCGAAAUCAUCUAUCCACCAGGCUUUCCUGUUACUGUUCCGCCAGUCAAGGAUUGGAAUGGUGAGAAGAUGUGUUACUUUGGCGUUGUGCCGAACGAUGGGCCUGUGAGGUUGCUGGGCGCGACAUUUUUGAGGAGUGCGUAUGUGGUCUUUGAUGCGGAUGAGAAAGAGUUAAGGAUAGCGCAGGCAAAAUGGAGUGACCUGGGGGAAGGUUCUGAGCUGUAG